CUCCACAUUUUUACGCUAACGACAUGAGAAGACAGAAACUAGUCGUGAAGGCUUGCUUGUCAGGCUGUGCUUGCGCUGAACAAUAGCUUUACAAUAAAAAUCGGUGGGGCGAGACAGCGAAGGAGCGGAGCGGAGGAGCCGAGGGGGAAGGAUGAUACCGCUGGCGCUGAGCCUGUCCCGCUCCCCGGCGUCCUCCGUCUUCUCUUUGCCUCUCGAUGGCGCCUGCCGAUCUGCCGCCGCCGUCCGGCGCCACGGCCCGUCCUUCGCCUACAAACCUGCCGCAGGAAUUUGCUAUGCUAGCCAGGCGGUUGAAUUGUUUCCGUCAUUGUAUCCAGAGAUUGUUGUUCGAGAUGCACGGCUGGAGGACUGUUGGGAAGUAGCUGACACUCAUUGCGGCUCUUUCUUUCCGGAUUACAAGUUCCCAUUGGACCUUGUUCUACGGAUUGAUCGUUACAUUGCUCUCCUAUCUGGAUUUUCAGUUCCACCUGGGUGCAUGAGGACUUGCCUUGUCGCGGUCAAUUCUAAUUCUGUAAAUAAUAGUUUCAGCAAGUGUGGAGAUCCUAGAGAUGCCAGAUUUCAGAAAUACAAUCUCAGUAGAGGCUCCAUAGCUGGUAUUCUUACAGUUGACACGGUGGCAGACUAUCUUCCAAGAAGGGGACCUCUGAAGCAGAGAAGGAUUAGGGGCGAAAACAUGUGCUUUAUCACCAUUGACCAAUUUUGGAGAAGUAAAGGUCUUAAAAUGCACAGAACAGGUAUUGCAUAUAUAGCAAAUGUUGCAGUCCGAAAGGAGGAACGUCGAAAAGGAAUUGCUAAAAUGUUGGUCCAAGAAGCAGAGGCACGAGCAAGGAGUUGGGGAUGCCGGUCCAUUGCAUUGCAUUGUGAUGCAAACAACCUAGCAGCCCUGCGCCUGUACAUAAAUCAAGGUUUCAAGUGCAUCCGUGUACCAGAAGGAGCUAAAUGGCCAGAACCUAAGAUAGCUAAAGGAGUGCAAUACAACUUCAUGAUGAAGCUAGUCCCCAAGAUUUAAGCUGUAUAAGAUCUGAUCAAAAAAGAAGUUUAAGUAUGUAGAUACCACACAGAUGCUGCAGCUUCUCCUUUCACAUGUACAACAGUUGGUAUAUAGUGGAGGCUACUUUGUAAAUGGUAUAUAACAGCUACUUAUUAUUCCAAAGUGGUGAGGCUGUUCUCACUUCUUCACA